CUCUUGCAAGAUCGUACGACCAUUUCUCCCCAAACCCAUUGAACCGCAACAUCCACCUCUCCGCUCUAUCUGAGAGGGAAUACGCAUCCCAUAUGGCCUCAACCACAAUGUUUCGCGCCGCUACACGCAGUGUGCGUGUGCUUCCACGUGUUGCCAUCCGCUCGACAGCUCAAGGUCUCGCUCCGAGGACCGCAGUGUCCAGCUUCUCGACAACGAUGAGGAGGAGGGCUGGUGGUGAGGGUGGACACCACGAGGAAACUUAUGAAGAAUUCACUCAGAGAUAUGAGAACGAGUUCAACAAUGUGCAGGAUGUCUUUGAGCUUCAGCGCAACCUAAACAACGCUUUUGCUUACGAUCUCGUGCCAUCACCCUCCGUCAUUAUAGCCGCCCUGCGCGCCGCCAGGCGUGUCAAUGACUUCCCCACUGCCGUACGAAUCUUCGAAGGAAUUGAAAUGAAGGUUGAGAAUAAGGGCCAGUACGAGGAAUACCUGAAGGAGCUGGAGCCGAUCCGGGAAGAGCUCGGCAUUAGCCUCAAGGAAACCAUGUACCCGGAAGGCACCACCUCUGGCAGGGACUACGACUUUGGCGCGUACCAGGCCCACUAGUUACAUCCCCUUAUCACUUCACUAUCCAACCCAUCGGGGGAUGUUGUAGACAGGAGGCCAGCAGGCAGUGUGUAACACCAGGAUCUCUUUUUUUUCAACUCUCCCUCGCUCGAGAGUGUCGACUGUAAUCGUGAACCUUUGUAUGUAGUGUGUGUUCACGCGCUGAGGAGGCUUCACCUUUAGAUCGGGGGCGGAAAAGAACAAAUCCCAACAUCUUUGUACAGCUUUCUCUUCCACGGCUCCUUUUCGUUUCUCUGCCCAGUGAUGCUCGCAGUUUGCUCUUGUUAUGGAAACAAAUUCCUCUAGCCGACUGUGUUCCUCGAGUGGUUGAGAUCCAGUUUGCUACUUUGUCGGUGCGUGGAGCGUUUUUAUCUCACGUAACGCUUUGGAACACGAAUUCUCUUUUGUAUUUCUUAUAACCCAGCCAAAAGAGCACAGCAUCACAGAAUGUACGGAUGCUAUUAGAAGCGAAUUCCAGCUUCACGCUGGAGAUAGGCUUAGAAAGCAAAUACAUCUAAGGCAUGGACUACGUAUUAUAUGAAAUAUUAUUGUUUUUUCCCAACAA